AUGGUCAGCGGUUUUAUUUGCUCAAAAAAUUCAAACAAACACGCAAGUAGUUCAAAUCGACAGCAACCACAUCAGGCACAACAAGCGAAUUCCCCAAAGCCGAAUAAGAAAUCGGAUAAGUGUAAGCGUUCACUCUCGAAAACUGAUUCGAAAAAAUCUAUUUCGGAGUUGCUGAAGACACCAGCGAAAGACUCAUCGGAUAGGCCGAGCAAUAGCAUCAGCAGCCAUAAUUACAGCAGCAGUAGCAACCAUGCACCCAAAGAAGGGCCCAGCACUUCAAAGUCGACUCUUAAGCCGCCAACUAAAGUAAAGUCUGGCAGUUGGAAACGUUCGGAGAAGCAAAUAUCCGGUUACAACGGCAUUUCCGUUACUGGCAAGAAAUCGAAAUCACUGCGCAAGCGUUCACCAACAUGGCUAAAAUUCCCCAAUACGCCAAUGAAGAUCACCGAUAAAGCAACUUAUGUUAGCCCAGUUGACACUACAUCAGUUUGCCGUCCCGGCACCCUCUACUCGGAUGUACUCUUCGGUGCUGGUUCCUCUUGUUUGGUGAAAAUUAAAACUCUUACGCCUCGUCGUAGCGCGAACACUGCGCAGAAGAAGCUCACGAAAGCGCUGCUCAAGUGUGCCGGCAAUGAGAAUGAGCUUGCUUCGGGCAGCGAAACUGAGGCGGGCCAUGGGAAAUUUCCCAGUCUGAAUGGGGGCGCGACCACGCCUACCAGCAUCUCGCCGCCAACGAGUGCCACCACUGGCACGUCUCCGGAUAUCAGCCCCAGGAAAAUAACGGGGUCAUCAUCAGCUGCUGAUGAAAAUUUGCCAAUAGCACCGUCCGCAGCAACGGAAACAAUAACAACGACAUCAACGACAAGUGUAAAUCAAUUAAGGGGAGUGAGCGAACCAACCACGCCCAUAAGCGCAGUACCUAAAUGCGAGGACGACGCUGAUGUUGUGAUACUUUCCGUAGCAAAUGGCGUUUGUGGUGGCGCAACAGAAAAUGGCUUGAAUGAUGUUUCUUAUGGAAAUUAUCUGGAUCAGCAUUUUAAACAAAUGAACUGCAACACACCUGAGUUGUUGGAACAGACGCAAUCAAUUACAAACAUUGAUGUUGUGGGGAACGGCAUAUGUGAUGGUAGCCAUAUGGACUCGGGCGUGAUGCCAAGAUCGGACGUUGUAUCGAGUGGAUUUCCUAAUAUUGCAACGAAACCGUUCACCAUUGAUAUACCGCAGUGGAACUUUCUCGAAGCAGACAUCAGCACGGAUGCCUAUCCGAAAUUUCUUUGUCAAUUCGAAGAUGAGCACUACCUGAAGGCAGAGAAAAUGGCAAUGUUGGGCCUGAAGCUGGCAUUGGGCAAUGGCAACUCCAAUCCCCAGCAGGGCAAGUUUAAAUUUUGA